AUGUUCAAGAAAAGAACCAUUAGGCGGUCAAAAUCUGAUGCUAAGAGAAAGCUAGAUUUCGAAAGCGAUGGCUCGGGAUCUGAAACCAACUCUGAAGCUAGUAUCAGGAUACCACAAAGAGAGUUCAAAAAGAGGAAGCAUCCCAACGGCAAAAAUGAAGGAACUACUUCAAAGAGCUCUGUGGGAUAUUUUGAAACAAGCUCGAAGAAGGAGGCAGAACCUGUAAUUCAAGGGCUAGCCUCAGACGAAAACUCAAAACCAUCUAGCACUUUGAAAGGUGCUCCGCAAAAUAUCAGGACAAUUACAAUAACGGACUUUCAACCAGAUGUAUGUAAGGACUUUUUACAAACUGGUUACUGCGGUUAUGGAGACACUUGUAAGUUUUUACAUAUUAGAGAUGAAUCGAGACAAAAAAAGCCUAUAGAGAAGGAAUGGGAAAAUGUUACGAAGACGAAAGCGAAACCCAAUCCCAAAGUAGACCAAAUUCCAUUCAAAUGUGUACUUUGCAAAGAGGACUAUAAAAAACCUGUUAAGACCACUUGUGAACAUAUAUUUUGCCAGACCUGUCUCUUAAGCAGAAUCAAGUCCAAAAACAAAACUACAUGCUUUAUUUGCGGCAAGGAGACUGGGGGAAUCUUCUCUUCUGUACUGCCCAAAGAACUAGACUCAUUGAUAAGCUAA